AUGGCCAAAGAGUGGCGCGAGCAGAGCGCCGUCCCCAGCAGCAAGAUCAUCGAAGCCUUCGAAGACAAGGGAGAAGUCCGCAACAAUCUUCGCCUCCUAUUUCAUACCUUACAUAGGAAGACCCUCCGAUCCCUACUCCUGGGUACGCUACCCCACGACCUAUACGACAAAGACUCGCCCAACUGGGAAAAUAUUUACAGCCAGAACGGACCCGGAACUUACCUAGUGGGCAUCUCGAUCGAAGAUCGUCGCGGAGCCUUCUUGAGUCGCAACGAGAUCGAGCAGGUUGUCGAUUACCUACGAGAAUACAAAGCCGCCUGGGAGGCUUGGCUCGAGAUAGAAAUAGAGGAGUCGUUCAGCCAAGACCAUCUGUCCCACGUACAGAAAUCAGCUCUAAACAGAGCCCUCGCCAUCGACAACGUGAUGCUCCCGGAAAAGGACAAAUGGCGGGUAGGAGACGACUAUACGAAACCUAGAUGCGCAAAGGGAAAGAUUAGCAACUUGGACGAGUUCAUAGCUAUGCUUAGCAGGCGCGUGGACGCGCAGUUUGACGGAGAAGCCUAUCAAAUCGCGUGUCCUACUUACGUCGGGUGCGGCCAUCGAGUUUCUUCGAGGUUACAACACAAUCCCGACUACAGCAGCAUGUCGCGGUCACCCAAUACUCUGAAGCUGCUAAUAUCUUGCAUACGCUACCUGGGGCUCAAGCCUAUCGUGCACACUAUCCCUAUGGUCAUGGUGUGGGAGGAGGUUCAGAUCCCGCUAGCCGAGAUGCUGGUGACGGUACUCGCCCAAUCGCUCAUCACGAUCAACGGUCUUAACAUUAUCCAGCCCGGAAUAUCCUCAACCUCGAGCGAUGAGGACGAGAAUAUCUACUUCGAGAACAAGAAGCACGUCUGGCUCGAGUGCCCGUGGCUCUUCGACAACAUCAAGGAGACUUUAGCUGUUCGAAACAAUAGGGACCUCUAUUGCAACACUCUCGAAAUACUCGAGAAAAACUUCAUGUCCGAGGCCGAGUUGAGGGAAUAUGCGGCGAAGAACGACGAGCUCCGGGCCAAAGUCGAGGACCUCCAGACUGAGGUAUACCGGAUCAUCGAGAAGAAACGCGCCGAGCAGGAAGAGGUACUACAGAGACUCGCCGAGAUCGACAAGGUCGCCGAGGCCGCGAAAGGCAUGUUUCCCGACUUGUCCUACGAUGAGGAGGAGGACGACGAUGACGACGACGAGGAGAAUGACAACGACGACGGGCAAAGCAAAGCUGUAGUCACUAGGCCGCUCCCCGUGCGCCGGGACGUAGCGAAGGCUGCGUUUGAUACGAAUGAAGAGACUUGCCGUAGAUAG